AUGAUACUAGUGUAUUUGAUAAGGACGCUUUGCUCAUUUAUAUUAUUGUACCUAUCUGUCAAUUUUAUUUCUGGCGCGGAUGUUGAAAUUGACACAGAUUUACUACAUCUGAAGGACCUUGGUCUUCAAUAUGGCUAUCCAAUUGAUGCCUUUGGUAAUAUGUUUCCAACAUUUACGGUGGAAAAUCAGAAUGAAGAGUGUGAUACUUUUCGUAAUCAGGUUUGGGACGUCGAAUCCUAUAGCAAGCGUUGCAGAUCUGCCAUUGCAAUUGUUCACGGCACCUAUGGAGCCAGUAAAUACAUCGAAAGGAAAGACAAAAUCAAUUUUGAUGUCGACAUUGGAGACGAUUAUUCAAGAAAUAAAACACUACCAGCAACCUGGACAAAUGGUAUUUAUACAGCUGGGAACAUACUACUCCCAUUUUACUUGCAGAAUGAUGUUUAUCCAGAUCGACCAAAUUCAAAAAUUAGUGGGCUCCUAACUUCAAUACGUUUAAAAGAAAUUAUAAGUACACUGAAUGACUGCAUCCCAAGACUAGUUGGAAAAAUAAAUCCACUCAGAAUGCGACCUUUGGCUUGUGGUUAUACCGAAUUUUUGUCGACUAUGUUUGAGAAGUUCAAUUUCGGUGAUGACAGAGGCAGUAUACUAAUUCCCCCAGUUGAUAACAGAACAUUAUCCUGUAGGCUUCUAGAAUGUCAAUUUAUUCGUUUUUUAGCACUCUUUUGGCUUAUGUUCUGCAAGCACACAUGGUCUAGUGUAAUUCGGAGACUGGGUGUAAAUGGUUUAGAAUUCAACUACCAUCCAUCCUGCCCAAAUCCAUGUGCUCGUUACCAUGGAAAUCCGUGUUUGGGCAGGCCCAAUGUCUUCCAUUUAUCAAAAGUAAUAGUGGAUAGAACUGAUGCACGUCAAGAUCGAUUUUUUGGGGCUCAAAUUUGCCGACAAACUGAGGAUCCUUAUGGAAUUCCCGGAUAUGCAUCAAUGUCCAAUCAAGCAUACGAAUGCAUUUGUAAAACUGGCUACAGAUGGUCGAAUCAAACCGGAAGUUGUGUUCUCAUAAAUGGAUGUGAACAAGAGUUAACCUGUGACCCUCGUGGAACACGGAUCUGCAUCUCAUCAAUUUCCACCAUCACAAGCAUCAAAGCUUUACCUUUCACCUGCUUGUGUCAUCCUGGAUACAUGGGUUACAGAUGCGAAAAGAAACGCGAUGCUUGUAUUGAGAAUGAAAACCCAGAGCAGAUAUCAGGCAAUCAGGCAUGUCGUGUAUAUCUUGGCAAUACUUGUACACCUCGAACUGGGACUAAUUUCUACACUUGUGAAUGUAACGGCUUAUAUACAUCUGAUAAAAUGGUUACAUUUCCGAAUUGCUUUCAACGAAAACCUAUUUGCUCAGCUGUUAUUUGCAAUCGAGGUGACUGCGUGGCUUCUAAAGACCAGUUAAAUUAUAUAUGCGUUUGUCAAAUGGGCUGGCGUGGACGUCACUGUGAAAUUCCCGACAUCAGAAUGUGGCUCCCCUGGGAGGGAUGGAGUGGUUGUUCGGCUGUAAUUUGCACCGGGCUGGGUUGGAGACAUCGUAUUCGACAUUGUCGAGCGAAUCUUACAAAAUUGGAAGAAGAGGGGGUGGACAAAGGCCUUUGUGAGGGUGAAGCUACUCAGAGACAAGUCUGCAAAGCUACAUGUCCCGCUGCAAUAACGCCCUAUCUCCUCUGCCUGAAAGUUAUCGUCGUGUUCUGCCUCGGAUGUGUCAUUUUGGUUUUAGCCGUUGGAAUGAUGUUUCUCCGAGUUAGGGUCGAAGUUGAAUAG